CCCCCACGGUAGCAGUCCCGAGGGGGCGGGGCGGUUCCGAGGGGCGGGGCGGCCCUGAGGGGGCGGGACGAGGCUUAAAAGUAAAGCUGCCCUAGGAGCGUUUGGCGCGAAGUUGGCUCAGUCGAGCUACUUGCGUCGGCGCUGCCUCGUACGUAGUCCCUUCCUGUUCUCUCCUCAGAGGCUUUUAGUCCUCGCUUCGUUAUUUUACCAUUGCGCCUGAUAUCUCUUCACGGAGUACGCCAUGGUUCCCAAGAAACGCGCAGAAACCCAGAAGUCCCCCGACGUUGCGCGGCUCCUCAAGAGCAAAAGCCCCAGAAGUCCUCAGGAGCUGGAGCCCGAAGCCAAGAAGCUGUGUGCGCAGGGUCUCGUAUCCAGCAGGAAAUGUGAGUCAUGCUGCCUUUUGACAGAGUUGUCUGGCCUACAGACCCCACCACGGAGUAGCAGCAUCAUCAGGGAUCUUUACCAGCAGAAGUUAGGCAAAGCCACUUGGUCAUCACUACAGCAGGGUCUCCAAAAGUUCUUUUUGCACUCUCUGGCUUCUUACCGGGUAUUCCAAAAAGCUGCCCCCUUUGACAGGAGGACUACAUCGUUGGCAUGGCACCCGACUCAUCCCAGUACCGUGGCUGUGGGCUCCAAAGGGGGGGAUAUCAUGAUCUGGAACUUUGGCACAAAGGAGAAACCUAUCUUCAUUAAAGGGAUGGGCGCUGGAGGAAGCAUCACUGGGCUGAAGUUUAACCAUCUCAAUUCGAACCAAUUUUUUGCUUCCUCAAUGGAGGGAACAACCAGGCUGCAGGAUUUUACAGGCAACACUCUGCAAGUUUAUACCAGGUCAAACUGUUGCAAGGUCUGGUUUUGCAGCCUUGAUGUUUCUGCCAAAAGCCGAGUGGUGGUCACAGGAGACAAUAUGGGGCACGUGAUCCUGCUGAGCACAGAUGGCAAGGAGCUUUGGAAUCUCAGAAUGCACAAAAAGAAAGUAGCCCACGUGGCCCUGAAUCCCUGCUGUGAUUGGCUUCUUGCCACAGCCUCCAUAGAUCAAACAGUGAAAAUCUGGGACCUGCGCCAAAUUCGAGGGAAAACCAGCUUCCUCUACUCACUGCCUCACAGGCAUCCUGUCAAUGCAGCCUGUUUUAGCCUGGAUGGAGCCCGGCUCCUGACUACUGACCAGAACAAUGAGAUUCGGGUUUACUCUGCCUCCCAGUGGGACAGCCCCCUGAGCCUGAUCUCCCACCCACAUCGUCACUUUCAGCACCUUACACCCAUCAAGGCAUCCUGGCAUCCGAGGCACAACCUCAUUGUUGUGGGCCGAUACCCAGAUCCUAAUCUCAAAAGUUGUGUCCCCUAUGAACUAAGGACAAUAGAUGUGUUUGAUGGAAACUCGGGGAAGAUGAUGUGUCAGCUCUAUGAUCCAGGAUAUUCUGGUAUCACUUCGCUCAAUGAGUUCAAUCCUAUGGGGGACACACUGGCCACUGCCAUGGGUUAUCAUAUUCUCAUUUGGAACCAAGAGGAAGCCAGGUCACAUAAAUAUCACAAAAGACAGUGAAGAGGGUAUGAGACAGCAACAGCUGGACUCCACAAAUGGGAAGAAAUUCUGUGAGAAGAGGACCAGACGUACCCAACAGGGUUGGAGUAGGGUCACUUGUGACAUGGGAUACUGUGGGACUAAGAUAUCGGCAUGUUACUGCUCUAGAUUUUGCUCCAGAAAAAGGAGCAAAGGUCCUGCCCUAAGGGUCCCUGCUGUCUUUAGUCUAAGUUUAUCCUAGAGCCAAGGUACUUUUCUUUUUUCUGAUGUGUGGUAGCAGAAUAACCAGGGAAUUUUUUAAAGUUUAUGUUCAGUCUUUACACGGCCAAUAAAAGCAUAUCCUUUGUACACCAACUAAAAAAACCAAAAGCAGCUGGGCUUCUGAGCAGAUCUAGUACAACCUGUAAGAGUGCUCCUUGGAUGUCAGAAUGGGGGAGAAAAGAAAGGCACAGAGCCAGCACUCAGUCAGACCUUCAUUUCUUCCAAGUCCCUGCAGCCCUAAACAAACAAGUCCAGUUCAGAGUCUCUGAAGAGCACAGCCCAGCUGCGGGAGACUCACUUCAUGAUGUGUCUCUCCUGCCUGUGUCCUCCCACUCAUCCAGGUACAGUACACACAUCUUUCAGACCUGCCUGAGACCCUGCUCAAGCCAAGAGUUGACACUAACAGUAGCCACAGCCACAGGAAAACUCUGCUGUUGGAUGACCCAGUUCCUUAAUAGCCACAUUUUACACUCCCAGUGAUUUGCAGUUUUUG